AGAUGUCCUCGCUAUUUUGGAACCGAUUAGGUCAAUUGUAAAUCUCUCUUCAAAAAGUGGCUCGGAAAUGGCUCAGAAAGUCCCUCGAAGGACAUGAAGGGUGUCAAAUUCUAUCAUGCAACAAUGAAAGAGUUCAUAAUGGGGGAUUCGAUUGGUAAUGAAAAUGACAAAGCAUUCUUUAUCAAGGAUGCAAAUCAGUAUUUCAUCGGACUGCCACUCCUCCGAUUUUUCAAUAAUAGUUGCGAGCAUCGUGUGUUUGGGGAGCCCGCCACUCUCCCUUUAGGAGAUAAACGAAAAUGGAGCGAUUUUCUGAAGAGAGAACGCCCCCAUCAUCUCCAAUAUACUCGUAAAUACUUGUUAGAACACUUAGACCCCUCACAACUCUUUGCACAAGGGUCCAAUUUGCAGAACGAGUUUAAUACAUUCCUCACGCGAAACUUGGUUACAUUUAUGCACCUGGCGCAAAACUUCGAAAGGGACGAGGGAUUCCCUGAUGGAUUUGAUGAAUUCAAGGAUCACGAUUCAUUCAAACUUUUGAGAGAAGCUCGAGAAAAGCAAUCAGUGGAGUAUUCGUCUUGGGCGUCAUGGUUUAUUUCUACGACUUCCUGGUCACCAUGGCACCUCCAUCGAUCGACCCUUCCUUUCACCCCAAUGUCAUCACCUUUUCACAAACUGUAUGGCCACCUCUCCGAUCCCGUCCGGAUCUUCACCAUUUCCAGCGAGUUUACCGGGCACAGAAUCCCAUUGAGUGAGGAUUUACUCAAUGUUCGAAUGGUCAUGGAGGCGAAGCUACCUAAUAUGCCAGAGAAGGUUGAUAGUCAGGGUACUGUUGAGGUUGAUUAUGAUGCCCAAUUUAACGACCCUGAUGUUCGUAACGGUAUCGUGACAUGUGCGGCGCUCUCCCUUGAUGGUCACCAUGUAGCUCUUGGUUUUGGUAGCGGUGUUAUCGAACUCGCUGAUAUCGACCAUCAGCACACAAUUUCCCGAUUCCAGCUCGAUCCACCCAACCAUCCAGUCUGGAUCGAAUUCGUCCACGGCAGCCACCGAGUCGCUGCCGAGGACAAUGAGGGGAAUGUCACCAUCCUUAGCCACGAUAUGACCCCCGUUAAUCUUGGUACUCUUCCCAAUGGUCCUCUUCCCGCUGUAACUCGAGUAUCAGAUAACGGUUUAUUUAUCAUACGGGUUCCACGGAACACUGAUAACCCUUGGUACGACAGCAUGACUCUCGUAUCCAUUUUGGGUGACCCGCACUUGCAGCACCUCGCACCCCCUUCUUCCAAUAAUUUCACCCCAACUUCCAACCCUCCUAUCUUAGCCUCCGAGCCUUCUACUUCAUCCUCUGCAUCCAUCAAAAGUGACGCAGUGCUCACUAUUCCGCACCGUCGCACGCUUGGGUUUUCUCCGGGAGCACAUUAUAUCGGCGCUUUCGAUGGCCUCAGUGCUUUCACCUGGUCGACAAGUUCGGGCAAGCUCAUUUCGAGUUAUCGUGUGACGGAUUUCAAUUUGUGGAUUAUGAAUCCUGUUGUUCCCCUAGCCUGCUCUCAUCGCAUCCCUGAUCCUGUACCCCCUCAACUUACUCUUCGCCUGACAACACGUGGAGCAACAAAUAGACAUCAUUCCAAAACAAAUGCAGUGCAUCACUUGGAUGAGUCCUGGAUCAAGUGCCCAUUUUAUGUUCUCUUGCAAGACAAGGAGGAGGAGUCUGAUAUCCGUUUAUCCGCUGCAGGGAGAACCCCACUGUUCGCUUCCUAUAGAGACCACGGGCUACCAGUGUUCUUCAAUGGCAAAUUAGAAUUCAUUAUUCCCAAGGAGUAUCGACCAGCUGUUUAUUCUGGUGUCAAAGAUUCAGGCGCUUGGUAUGGUGAUCAAGUGUCAUCUGAUCCUACCCGUCUGUACAGCCCUCGGUCCAGCAAAGACGGGACUCGAAUUCUCUUCCAAGGCCGGCAGACAGCUCCGAUUGUUGUUGAUCUUAGCCAAGUCAUUUAGGAUGUUCGUGGUCAAUGGAAAUAUCUUCCUACAGUAUUUGCCUUGUGUGAUUCUAUCUACUGUCAGAGGGGAAUCGCAAAGUUUCGCUAGGCCAACCUUCCAACUUUUACUUCCCUCGGACGAGGUUCCCCUUCCCUAGGGUGCAGUGAGUAUAGGUAAAGCUCGGAGACUUGAACAGAUCUACGACCAUUCCUCCCUUGCAUUGCAUGUCG